GAAAUAAACCCGGAAGCUAGAAACUUUUUUUGGUGUAUGCCAUGGAUGGCGUAUGCAGGCGAGCAAUUUUUAUUGGACCGAAUAGGCGCCAUUUUCGGUCCGUUCGGCAGCUCUUAGGAAGCCGUUCAGUAUGACUCCCAGAAAGUGCUUUUUCGGCUGUGAAGGAGAGGAGAAGAAGUUAAACUUGUUUGCCUUCCCUAAAGACGAAAGCACCAGGCAAAAGUGGAUACAAUUUCUAUUUUCGGGCAAAAAACAGCCAUAUGCAUACGUGUUUGUGUGUUCACGCCACUUCACUGAGGACUGUUUCCUCAACAGAGCCCAGUAUGAAGCAGGAUUUUCUGCUAGGCUGGUGCUAAAAGACGGAUCUGUUCCGUCUAUAAAGGGCCGUGUCGAGGAGUCCGAAGCGCAAGCUAGUACGUCACAACAGACCUCUACAACCCACAGUACACCACAAUACAGACACAAGGGAUGCCAGACUGACCCUGAACCUACAGUCUCUGUUUCAACGCAGUUCUGCCCUCUGAUGUUAUCUGUUGGCACACAGAUGUACUACUCUCCCUCCACAAAAUCUGCUGCCACACAGCUGUCCUACGGCACACUGAAACAGCACGUGAGAAGCAAAGCUACCCAGGUGAGAGAGCCCAGAAUGAGAAACUGCGGUGUUGGGACCCUCACCUUCCCUUUGGACAGUCCGUUAUUGUUCCUACAACCAACAAUAGUGGACAGACCAGCCAAGAGAGCUCGACUCAGCCUGACAGACGAGGAAGAAGGACCCUCGGAGUGCAGCUUGUCUGUGUUGGUUCAGGAACCAAAGGACUCAACAUGACCAUGUGGACAGUGUUGUAAUUCUUUUCUUUUUGGAAACUCCAGCAUGGAGAAGAGUUAGCGAAUGAAAGAUUAUUGAAAGGAACAAUUCAUGCUGGAAAUGUGGAUUAUGGUGUUAAGUAGUGUCAUGAAGUGAUGUCAACCAUUAUCAAGUUGUGUAAUGGGCUUAACAGUAGCCUCUGUUAAACUGAACUGGUGCUAGUUGCUACUAAUUUGGGCUUAUCACAUUACACACAUUACAGUGCAGAUGUUCUUAAUUUAAUAUACACACUAAAAGGCCUUGGAAGACAGAGAAGAAGGCUUUAAAAACAUCCCUGAAUACCAGCUGCAGAUGCAAACAAAGGAUGCUUUUAAGCAGGGAUAUUUCUGGUCAGCUGGCCUAGUUGUAUUAUUAAAUGAAAUGUUUAAAAUAUA